UGGGGCGCGCGGGGACGCGGCGAAGGGUUUGGCGCACGUUCCCUAGCCGUGGAAUGCGUCCAGAAUGAGUACCGUAGAACAAUAGUAAUAAAGGUGAUGAAGUAUCUAGAAUCCACGGCGCUGGCUUGCGGGAAAGGCUUUUCGGAACCUGUACAUCCUUCAGGGCUCCUUCCCGUGUUUUCGGCAUGGCUGCGGUUGAAUCCCUUCUGAGGCUCAAUUUCCUGGACUGUAAAAUGGGGAGAAUGGUGGUUUUUGCCAGGCUAUACCUCCCUUCUCAAGAUCGGUUGAGGGUCUCUGCUCAGAAAAUGGAGUCCAGACUACUUUGUGAACGGCAAAGUAAUGUAAAAAUGGUGUUCCUGUUGAAAGUAGGAUGUAGAGCCAUUGGGAAAUGAAAAGCUUAAGGGCAUUGAGGGCUUGACAGAACAGAGGUAAAUCUGAGGUUCUCUAAUGAUCUUGCUUCACCAUGGCUACAAAUAUGGAGGGGCUGGUUCAGCACAGAGUGGGGACCCAGCAGGUGGCUGAGGUACCACGGACACAGACCUCUCGGCCGGAAUCUCCAGGGAUGACCAGCCCCUCCCCGCGCAUCCAGAUAAUCUCCACCGACUCUGCGGUAGCCUCACCUCAGCGCAUUCAGAUUGUGACAGACCAGCAGACAGGACAGAAGAUCCAGAUAGUCACCGCAGUGGACGCCUCCGGAUCCCCCAAGCAGCAGUUCAUCCUGACCAGCCCAGAUGGAGCUGGAACUGGGAAGGUGAUCCUGGCUUCCCCGGAGACCUCCAGUGCCAAGCAGCUCAUAUUCACCACCUCAGACAACCUCGUCCCUGGCAGGAUCCAGAUCGUCACGGACUCUGCUUGUGUGGAACGUUUGCUGGGGAAGGCUGACGUCCAGCGGCCCCAGGUGGUAGAGUACUGUGUAGUCUGUGGCGACAAAGCCUCUGGCCGUCACUAUGGGGCUGUCAGUUGUGAAGGUUGCAAAGGUUUCUUCAAAAGGAGCGUAAGGAAAAACCUGACCUACAGCUGCCGGAGCAACCAAGACUGCAUCAUCAAUAAACAUCACCGGAACCGCUGUCAGUUUUGCCGGCUGAAAAAAUGCUUAGAGAUGGGCAUGAAAAUGGAAUCUGUACAGAGUGAACGGAAGCCCUUUGAUGUACAACGGGAGAAACCAAGCAAUUGUGCUGCUUCAACUGAGAAAAUCUAUAUCCGGAAGGACCUGAGAAGUCCUCUGAUAGCCACUCCCACGUUUGUGGCAGAUAAAGAUGGAGCAAGACAAACAGGUCUUCUUGAUCCAGGGAUGCUUGUGAACAUCCAACAGCCUUUGAUACGCGAGGAUGGUACGGUUCUCCUGGCCACGGAUUCCAAGGCAGAAACAAGCCAGGGAGCUCUGGGCACACUGGCAAAUGUAGUAACCUCCCUUGCCAACUUGAGUGAGUCCCUUAACAAUGGUGACGCUUCGGAAAUGCAGCCGGAGGACCAGUCCGCAAGUGAGAUUACUCGGGCAUUUGAUACCUUAGCUAAAGCACUUAAUACCACAGACAGCUCCUCACCUCCGAGCCUAGCAGACGGCAUAGAUGCCAGUGGAGGAGGCGGCAUCCACGUCAUCAGCAGAGACCAGUCCACACCCAUCAUCGAGGUCGAAGGGCCCCUCCUUUCAGAUACUCAUGUCACAUUUAAGCUCACCAUGCCCAGCCCAAUGCCAGAGUACCUCAACGUGCACUACAUCUGUGAGUCAGCGUCCCGCCUGCUUUUCCUUUCCAUGCACUGGGCCAGGUCAAUCCCAGCUUUUCAGGCACUUGGGCAGGACUGCAACACCAGCCUGGUGCGGGCCUGCUGGAACGAGCUCUUCACCCUCGGCCUCGCCCAGUGUGCCCAGGUCAUGAGUCUCUCCACUAUCCUGGCAGCCAUUGUCAACCACCUGCAGAACAGCAUCCAGGAAGAUAAACUUUCUGGAGACCGGAUAAAGCAAGUCAUGGAGCACAUCUGGAAGCUUCAGGAAUUCUGUAACAGUAUGGCGAAGCUGGAUAUAGACGGCUAUGAGUAUGCAUACCUUAAAGCUAUAGUUCUCUUUAGCCCCGACCAUCCAGGUUUGACCAGCACAAGCCAGAUUGAAAAAUUCCAAGAAAAGGCACAGAUGGAAUUGCAGGACUACGUUCAGAAAACCUAUUCGGAAGACACGUACCGAUUGGCCCGGAUUCUCGUUCGCCUGCCAGCACUCAGGCUGAUGAGCUCAAACAUAACAGAAGAACUUUUUUUUACUGGUCUCAUUGGCAAUGUUUCAAUAGACAGCAUAAUCCCCUACAUCCUCAAGAUGGAGACAGCAGAGUAUAACGGCCAGAUCACCGGAGCCAGUCUAUAGUGUGCACCGCACGCCUGCCGAGAAGCAGAAGGAUCCUCCCAGGACCGCUCAGAUAACAGAGAAAAUAAAGUAGUGGUAUUUUGGUAUGUGCAAAUAUUUCCAGUAUGUUAGCCAUUUCCUACCUGGUUUCUUCUUACCUGUUAAUCCCAAACAAUAGCAACUAAAAGACUAGUAGGAUCCUUUCCUGCCAUAAGAAAUGUUUUAAUGCCUUUUGAUGAAGCAGAUUUUGGAACAAUCUUUUAACCUAAUUUGUAUUUAGCGAUUCUCAAAGGGCAAAAAACAAAGAGUUUUAUAAUGUCAGAGACUAGUAUUAAACAAAACUAAACGAACCUAAGAAAACAGUAUGUGUGUAUAUAUAUAAAAUUUUCCUUGGAAUUAAUAGCUACUAAUUACCAGGGUAAAUAAUAUUAGCACUUUCUAAGCACUUCUUAUCAAUGCGUAUGUUAGCAACAUCUUGCCUGUGGGCAGGACAAAUGGAAAACUGUGUAUGUCUUUUGCCGAAAUGCUAAUGAUUUCUGUGAAAACGCAAUAGGGUACAGGAGACAAUCAUUUAUGUUUAAGAAAAGAUGGCAUCAUUCCUAAUUGUAUGCACACAUUAGUGGUGUUGAACUAAAUUCCUAUGAACGAUUGAGAAUGUGGCUCAUGUGUAUCAUGCAGUAAGUGGGAGUGUGGUAGUGCAGUCGGUGGGGACCCCAACCGGAAGCUUCCUCAGCUGGUGAGUUGAUGAUGCUUGUCAGGUUCCCUGACCUCUGGUUCUGGUCUGUGACUGGCAUCUACAGGCUCCUCCAAACCUAGGGCUCUCUUGAUGACUGGUUCUCAGAAUUGGAUUGCAACCAGUCAGACAUAAACUGCCAAUUCCUGCAGCAAGUGAAAACAUGCCCAAAUCACCUCCACCACUCACGGCAGACAGAGCCUUCUGACCAAAAAGUGCAAGGUGGGCAUUUUGAACCUGACAGUAAUUCCUAAAUGCAAUCUGGGGCGGUUGCUCAUUGUUCAGAUGGAGGAAGAAGGUCCCCUUCUCAGGGGUUUCCAUUCCAAACGCCCCCUUGAGAAGGGUCUGUAUUCCUGCAGUUCACUCAGAACUGUGAGGUGAUUCAGUGGGGAGGGGUGCAGGAUUUUGCUCCCUGUCCCAGGGUAGUGGUGAUGGUACGGCUGAAUGGAAGGGUUUCUCUGUUGACCUUGAAUAUCAGGGUUUUUCAAAGUGUUUCCAGACUCUGCAUUUCUGUUGGCAGAUCUUUGAAUGCUACUGGCACACCAUGCACUUUGAUCCCCCCAGGUGUGUACCAGCAAAGAACCCUGGAGCAUUUUGGGUGAUGUAUGCAGAAGCAGCCUACCUGCUCCUUAUAAAAAACCCAUAACUCCCAAAGUUAUCUUUGUCCUAAGUUACAGCCACCAUCAUUUACAAGAGCAGAAUGCAGUAUAAGGAAGUUCUGUCUAGAGAAGAGCAUAAAUUCCCAUGGAUGUGAGUAAACGGUGGGCAUUUCCUGCUUAGGAAAGUGGCAUGUCCAAGACCAGAUCAGGUACUCUCCGUUUCCUUUUUGUACAGCCCAGAUUAAGAAAAUACAGCAUUAGUUUAAAUUUGCUUCUCCCAGGACCUCUUGACCAGAUGGUAUCCAGAAAGAUCCCAGUGUACUUCCCCUGCCUCACAGGCCCUCUCUGGUCUGGCUUGGGCCCUAGUCAGGGUGGGGCCUCAUGUGCUAUGUAGGUGCCCAGCCAGCUAGCCACUGGCUCUUGACAAAAUAGGAUUCUCUGUUCUGAAGUGUUAGGAGCACUUGGUGAAAGUCAUUAGUAGGAAUUAAGUGGGGAUGGUAUCUCCAACUUCUAAAUUCCUGUUUGGAUUUAAUUAUAUUAUUUAUAGUUCAUGACUUGGAAACACAUUUUGGAGAUAAUAGGGGUGCCUGUUAUAAAAUGAUGGAAAGAAUUUAAUUUUGCCAGCUUAAAUUUUUGGUUUCUAACUUUGAAGUGAUUUAAAUUUCAAAAUUAAGAAAAAAACAGCCAAGACAGUAGAGUUAGGGCAGGUCUGUUUCAUUUCUACUCAUGAAGGAUUUUAGCAGAGGGUAUUUUCAAGCACGUUUAUGCAUCUUUCACAGCAAGUUGCCUGUUUUCUGUUCGAUUUUUUAAUAUAAGCACGUCUGUUGAUCACAUAGCCAUUCGGUGGCAAUACCGGUGUCACAUCUCCCAGAUCUGAGUUCUCCAUGUUAGGGAAAAGGCCCACCCCUCAUUCCCAGGGGUGGGCCCUGGAAGUCCUGUGUCCAUUCGGCUUGUAGAUACCUUUGCCUUUAGACAACGGCAUGGCUUAGCCAAGACCUCGACCGAGGUCCCAGCAAUGCACUGUUGAAAGUUUUGGAGCAGAGAAGGUGAUAAACCAGCAGGAAGACAGGGAACAUUUGGGUGAGUGUUGCACUCUGGCCAGGUAGCCCUGGACAAAAAUCGGUUCAGCUUGGAGGGUUGUUGAUUUUGACCUAGUCUUGCCCCUUGAGUCCCUUCACUGGUGAUGGCUGAUGGCAGUGGACCAUUUUGGGCUUUGAACACUCAGUUUCCCAGAUCCUCUUGGCUUUACUUUGAAGUAGCCUUUUCCCUAAGGAUCAUGUUCACACAAGCUGAUUUCUUGCUGCCCCAAAUCAUUUCACACCUUGGACAGCAGGUCCAUCCCAUCUUGUCAGAUUGGUUAAGAGAAGCCCAAAGUCCAGACUUUUUUAAAGGGAUCCCAAGCAAAUACCGAGGCUCAACUUUCACAAGGCUUUUACCCCUCGUUGGUAGUUGAUGAAACUCUAGAUUUGGUUAAGUGAUGCCAGCUCUCUGCCCAAGAGCAGGUUCUUAGUCACACAGCCUGUGCACAUGUCCCUUCUGUUAACCUGGCCCUUCUUCCCUUGUGAGGAGAGGUCUAUCAGCUAAAGGAGGUAGUGAUAUACACCAUUGUUUCUUGAUGAAAUGGGCUCUUUUCCAGCAGUAUCUCAGAUAAUGCUAGACAGUUAUAUGUUGAAAUUCUGGAGGUCAUUACAUAUAACCAUAGGACAGGAAGAGACAGAAAAAUUACUCAAGCAAAUGAUACUUUCCAAGCUAUUCCACCCUUCUGAUUUGAAAUUUGUAUGUGUGUCUAUUUGGGGGUUACCAUUAUUUAUUGUCUAGCUUCUGCCAUGAGGCUGUUCUUGGGGUUCUUUUGUUGUUUGGGUUUUUAUAUUUCAUUGCAGGUAUAGUCACUUGUAAGAUGUUAUGUAAAUGCCCUCAAGAGGGAUGGUUUCCUAGCUUCUCAGUAUUAAAUGUGAACUCUGUUCUGAGGCAGUUGCCACCAGCCAUGGUGAUCACAAUGGAUGCACCUACUCUUGGGCUCCCUGACGUGGCAGCCACAUAGCGCUGGAGCGCAUGGUUGCAGCCAUAGUACAUAUUUACUUAGCUGUUUUGCUUGUUUGGGGGAUGGCCGUGGCAGGAAGGCUAAGAUUUAGAAGGGCUAUAUCUAGUGCUUUUAUUCUGGGGGAAAAUGCAUCCUAAUCCUUUGGGGUGAUUUCCAGUAGUCUUGCCCCCAGCCUGCUCUCUGCCUGACAAGCAGCCCUUGGCUAUGAAUCCAAGUUCUAGGACCUGAUCAGAUCAGAGUCCAGAAGUUUGUUGCCCACUUGCCGGUGGAAAGGGCCUUAUGUGCAGUGGGGCUAUCUAGAUGACAUUUCAUCUCUUAAGUGUAGGCCAUGAAGUGUCAUCUUCUGACAUUCGCUUUUAUCCCCGGGCGGGGGGGGGGGGGGGGGGGGAGGUAGGGAGGCAGUGCCCUUUAGACCCUGGAAGGUUGGAGCAGGCCAGGCAGGCCCACAUGCUUCCUUUAUCCCACUUCCAGUCUCUAGAUUGUACGGCUCUUUGAAAAUGUCUUAACUUUGAUGUAAAUUUGUAAAGCCAAGCCCUAAUCGAGGUAGCGGGUUUGGGUCUUUUGUACACAGGGUUCUGGACACCCCCACGUGUGCCUCUUGCCAGCGCACACUUGCGCAUGUCCAGCCCUGGGGUCCCUUCAGCGGCAUUGUGCGUGUACAGAUUUAUAGGCUUGUAUGACUGAAUGAAUGUACAUGUGUUUAUAUCUAUAUAUGUACAGUGUAUAUAGUGUGUGUAUGUGUACAUAGAUGUAUAUUAUGUAUACAGACAUGUAGCCAUGUAUCCAAAAUUUCCUUAUGUUUUAAAGAGAGUCUAUGAUAGAGUUGCUAAAGUAAAUGGAUGUGGGUGUUCCAAGGUCCCUCAGCAGGAUGGAUUUGCUGAUAUUUUAACUCCAUUUUCCUUUGGGUGAGCCUGGCUGGGAAAGGCCAUGAAGACAGAGUCUCCACUCUGUACCAGGGAAGAUUCCAGACAGAAAAGGUCCUGACAGGAGGACACUGCCGUAUAUUCUCUAGGUUUAGGCAAGGGCCAGAAAGGUAGAAGACCGUUCAUCCUUAUGUCCAAAACUAGGUGGGGACCUUUAACUUGGCUGCCACACACCUGUUUAUGGCCUGACUAGAAGGAACUUGAUAGUAGGAGCUGUCGGCCUUCCCAGACACUCGCUUUGUCAUGUGGUCCAGAGACAGGCAUCAUAGUCAGAGAUUCAGAGUGGUCCUUGUUCUGGGGCCUGACUCCUCAUGUGGUAGUGAUUUCCUAUGCUCACCCGGAUUUAGCAAGCGGUGGGCACUGCCCGGUGAGUAAACAGAUUCCCAUGUCUCUAGUGCCAGUUGAAAAAAACCUACCAAGCAGUCUUUUAAGAUAAACAUGAAUAUGAUGACUAAAUUAUGGAAUACUAAGUUACAAAUCUUAAAUUACUUCUCUAGCAUGUGAAUAAAAUCCACUGACGUAAAUCCUUCCUAUAAAUUGAUUUAAACAUGUCAGAUAAAAAUUGGGUUUUAAUAUGGCUACAUGUGCCCUGUAAGCUACAGAUACCUAAUUUUCCUUGCCCAGGUCUAUUCUGAUGAAUUUUCCCCCUUAAUCGGGCUUUAAACUGAGACACGGCACGCGGGAGCCAGGGCCCAGCCCGGCGUAGUUGCUUGCAGAGCUGGUGAAUGGGGCCUGCCUGGCAGGAGGGCUGAAAGCUGGCCCGCUGAAGGGAACUGGAGAACGGCAAAAACUCACAUAGCCCAUAGGUUUUCUGUUGUUUUUUAAAAUAAGCUACCGAAAUGUUUGAAAACACUUCAUUGAGACUAUAGUACUCAGUGCCUUUUGUGAGACGGUGGGUCAUUUAGCCUUCAGCUUCCCCUAUAUUUGAUGUAAAAGAAGCUCCUACUUCGCUGGCCUCAUCCAACAGUACUUCCUGACCUUCCCCUGUCCUUGCCUGUCGUGACAAUCACACUCUUGAAGGUGGCUUUCCAGUUAAAAUACAAGAGGAAGCUUGACAGUCUCUCAAUCUUCAAAGUAAAAGUUUUCAUUUGGGGCUAUCUUAACAGCAAUCUAAGAGUAAUUAAAGUUUGAGCUUAAAAAGAGUAUCUUAGGGGUGGGGAAUGUCGGAGAUACUUUUAAGGCCCAGCUAUACUUCCUGUUCAGAAGCCAGUAAUUCUGGUGUCUCAAUAUUUAUACACACAGCAUAGAAAAAAUGCUAUAAAAAUCAAUGUUCAGCAACAUUUAUCAACUGACAGAUUGUGAGAAAGCUUAAUAUUUGGAUAACAUUUGGAAGUAGUAGACUUUAUGUUAAAAACGACUUCUCUUUAGGAACGUGUACUCAAUUACCAUUUUAACGACCAGAGCGGCCACGGGCUCAGACGAUGCCGCCACACAACUCAAGUGCUGGGAUAUUUUUCUACAGCCUCCAUUCUCCCAACUACCUUGUAAUAAACCAGUGUUCAACUAGUUUUAUAACUGAAAAGCUGCACAUUUUUCAUAGUACAAACCCUAGUUUUUACCUGUAGUUUGGACCUCUCCGUUAAAAUGUAGCUGCAUUACCGGCCCUUUUAAAAGACAUCUGUUAAAGGAAAAUUCGGGUGUUAGAUUUUCUUGGGACCGUUUCUGUAACUUCUGCCCUUCACAAUAUAGAAAAUACUGUUUAUGCCAUUACAUUUUAAUUCCAGGUUUAAAACCUGUCGAAAGCUGGAGCUUGAAAUCAGCUUUAUGUGAUGGCAUUUAAAAAAUAGCAUGUUCUUUUUAAACUGAAUUUUAUAUCUAAUCAGUGUCUUCAGUCUUGAAGAAGAAUUUGCAUUGUUGUGUUUGUAUAUAGAGUAUUGCAGUGCAUGAAUUAGCUUUUAUGCAUUUUAUUAAAUGCUGUCUCAAUGUGGCAUUAUUGUUGUGGCUUAAUACUACUACCUAAAUGAGGUUUAUACUAUUAAAAAAGUGAAUUAAAGACUAAA